AUGGACCCGACCGUGGAACUCACCCUUGAGCGACGCCAGUGCCAGGUCUGCCACGAACGCGUCGCGCUCAAGCCCUGUGAUGUGUGCAAGCUUGUCUACUACUGCUGUCGCGCACAUCAACACCGAGACCGAGCCGCCCAUGAGCACCCGUGCAGUGUCAUCAAGAAGGCCCUCGAGGAUCUUUCCCGCCAGGAUCAAGACCGCACCAAGAUGGCGCUGAAGCACCGCAAGGUCGCCACAGACACCCUGAAUCAUUUCGACAACAUUGUGGCCGUGGAAUUCGCACUUGGCCACCUGAACGAGGUGCUCCGCCUCUGUCCCUCCGAUCCCGAUGAGCUGCGCGCGCGCGACAUCAUCCCCACCUUGUUCCUACGCCUUGGCCGCGACCAGGAGUGCUACGACUUCAUCAAGUGCUAUGACUGGGCCCAUCCGACUCGGAGUCUGCCCUAUCUCGACAUGAGGGGCGAGGACCCCGUUGAGUGCCCCAUCACGGCCCUCCGCGUCGAUGGCCCCAUGAACAUGAACCACAUCAUGGCCGCGAUGCUCAUCAAGGUGCGAAUCCUUCUCGACCUGCAGAACAUGCAGAACGCCACCCGCGCCUUCCAGGGAGUGCUCCGUCAAGACUUCAUCCAUAUGAUCCGAGCUCAGAUGCCGCUGGUCAGCAACGUGGUGGCCGCGUGGAAGGAUAUCGCUGAGGCUUCCGUGGAUAAGACGGCUUUCUUCGUGAAGCUGCUCAAAGUGGAGGUCAAGGUCAUUUUUUACAGAGUCCAGCGUACCGAUCCGAUGUUCUGGCCAACUUUCCUUGUACACGAGCAACUCAGACAGGAAAGGGUCAUCCGGGGACCUGUGGCGACCGACGCGAGUCUUCAAAGGUCGAUCAGGUAUCACUACGAGCCACUCAGACAGGAAAGGGUCAUCCAGGGACCUGUGGCGACCGACGCGAUUCUUCAACAGUUGGUCGUGUGUGACUACCACGCACUUGCAUGGCGAGAGACACCGGGCGCCAUUGGGAUGCUCGAGGACCUGGUCAGGGCAGCAACAGCAAAGGCAGCAGCAGCAAAGGCAGCAGCAGCAAGAGAGUGA